AUCACCAUGCGCCGGGACCAGGCGGUGUCGCCUCCUGCUGACGUCAGAGGUGCUCGGCUGGUAGGAUGAUUGGGAGCCUGGAACCGAGCGGACGUUUCAGGUGCUGUUUGUAGGACACAUCGAUGGAGGAAGAAUUGAAAUCAUUGCCUCUGGAGAACGCGUCGAUCCUGUCUGAGGGUUCACUUCAGGAUGGACAUCGGUUAUGGAUUGGGAAUCUGGACCCUAAAAUCACUGAGUACCACCUGUUGAAAUUACUGCAGAAAUUUGGCAACGUGAAACAGUUUGAUUUCCUGUUUCACAAAUCGGGGCCCCUGGAAGGGCAACCUCGGGGCUACUGCUUUGUAAAUUUUGAAACAAAACUGGAAGCUGAAAAAGCUAUCCAAUGCCUCAAUGGAAAAAUGGCCCUGUCAAAGAAAUUGGUCGUGAGAUGGGCACAUGCACAAAUUAAGAGAUACGAUAAUUAUAAAAGUGAAAAGGUCUUGCCAAUCAGUUUGGAACCAUCUUCAAGCAUAGAACCAACUCAGUCCACUAUAAGUGUCAGCGCCAAGAUUAAAGCAAUUGAGGCAAAGCUGAAGAUGAUGGCAGAGAAUCCAGACCAUGACCUCCCCAGCCAGCCUCCCUAUUCCUAUUUUAAGGCUUCUGAGAAGAAAAGGAGUACGCCGUAUUCCAGAAGUUCAUGGAAAACUAAGAGAUGACGUCACCGUUCCUCAAGACUCCUGAGGCUCCACAGACUCUUCGCACAACCCCACAAUGUGUAGACCCCGUAAUACCGUUAAUUAUAAUAACACAGACCUCAUCAAACCUUUUCCUUGCAGACUUGAAUUUUCAGGAACGGAGAGCAGAUUUUGGCCGGUUGGUGACUUUUGCAUUCUGUGUGUGUGCGGUUCUUUUAUAUGCAGGUAUUUCUCGUGUGUGCUUUUAUUUUACUAAUAAGGUAGAAGGCAUAUACCACAUGUACUCCCUGUAUGGCAGCGGUGGCGCAGAGUGCUGUCAAAAAGAUCUGCUGGACCCUAUGAGACAAUGGGAUUGGCCGAAAAUCUGAUCCGACUUUGACCUGUCGUGGCUUCGUUGUGCACAGAAGCCAUGAGGCUCAUGUGUGUUUUAUGGGUGGACCUCCGGGAGGAUUCCUUGAAAAUCUUCAAAUGGCUGGAAACUGGGACAACCUACCUUUCCUGUGAAAACCCGGACCACUAAUCCUGAGAUAAGCUUCUUUCUAUGCAAGUAAGGUUUUUGGUGCACUGUGGGCGGGGCCUGUCUACCAGCUCUAAAACAUGAGGCAGAGGCCUGGGUGACAUCACUGUUGGAGCGGUGGUGCACCAAACAGAGUGGCCUGCCCGUAGUGCACUGAAGACCUUUUCUGCAUUUCUUUUAGCAGACCGGAUUGUCGCGAGAGGUUGGGUUAUGUAUCGGGGGACCUACCCUACAUUGCUGCAUGCGUACGUUGAAACCAAUUUUGGAGGCCCCCUUAAUGCAUUAUUCUCAUACAUAUCUGUCUGCCAGCCAGAAACAUAUGGGACUGUUGGAUGUAAGGGAGUUGAGUGUGACACAUCUAGAUUACUGCAAAGGAAAUCUUCACAGUCAUUAUGAAUAGGUCCUUUUUUUACGUUUCUAUUUUUAAAGGGGCUGUUCAUACCCACCAACAUGGCUGGACCUGUGGAGGGAACCAUACCUACCUGCUAACUGACGCCGGGUUCCGACUCCUUCACUGCCACUCGCCAGUCUCCCCAUGUCAAGAACUGGUUAGACUGCCUGCAGCGUUGACGUGUUCGCCAUGUGUCAUGGCAGUGGGUCACGUGACUCAUGGUGGACACGUCACCGCUGCAGACAAUCAGCGGCCAAAACUGUAUGGUGACACAGGGAGGCCACAGAGCAAUGGGAGCAAAGGGGUCAGAAACCCAGAAGCAGGUAAGUAUGCCUCCCUCUGCAGGUCUGGCUACGUUAGUGGUGGUGGGGGAUGGUUCUGUCUGAAAGGCCCCCGGAGGUGAACAACCCCUUUAAGUUGCCUUCACACGUCUACAUGUAACAUGUGAAUACGCCCUAAAAGAAUAUCCGUUAUUACAGUCAAUUGUCGAUUCAGGGGCAUCUUCCAUUUGGCCCACCAAUUUGUUAAUCUAAAGACGGGGGUCAAAACGUAAGCACUUUUGGCCAAUCAGAAGUGCUCACAUGACUGCCUGUAGGAUUUGUGUCAUAAGCAAGAGUCUAGUCAACCAGAAGGGAUCACAUGAGCCUUCACUGCACUUCUGAAGGAGGCGGAGCAUGACACAGAGAUUCAUAGAACCCCGGAGAGAGUGGAACCCCCAUAGCCGCCGCACAGCGGAGCCAGUUUGGAUGCGGUGCUCUUGUCUGGGCCUGUCAUUGGCUAAUCUUGACAACUAUUUCACCAUUACUGUACAUUGCCAUUUCUACAUAUGAUUUGCCUUGCACUACAGAACAUAGACUGUAAAACUCAAAGUAAUUUAUUCUUUUUGACCUGAUCCGCCAGUUUCUUUGUGUGAUUUUUGGAUACUACACUCGAAUGCGGUGGAUUGGACUGUUUUGCACUACGUUAAAUAAAGAUCUUUCAUCAAAGGGGAACGUUUGAUGUAUUAUUGGACGCGCGCAAAGUCCAAACUGUAGGAGAACAUCAGGUUGUGUGCGAGCAGAAGUGUUCGCUCGUUUUGCAUUUCCAGUUCUGGAUUUUUCUGUUAUGAUUCUACAUUUUGUACCUCUGUUAUACAUCCUAGAAAUGCAUGAGUGACACUGACAACUGUAUGCCACAGCUCUUCUCGUCAUACACACUAUGACGCUGCUUCAGACGGUAAUAACACAUCCUAUUGAAAGGGGGAAUGUGUACGCCCAGUUGUCAAUUAUUUAUAUUUUUCCAGGGGGAAUAACAGGAGCAGCACUGUGCAGGUUUGUUCUUUCAUAGGGAAGUAUUUUCUAAAACAGUUGUAGGGGAUUUGAGGAUGGAAGUCUCGCUAUCUGGCCAGCAUUUGAGUAACACAAAAUAUAUUAUUUGCCAUAUUUAUUGCUGUUUGUAAUGUAAAAAAACCUGUAAGGCUGUGUCCACACUUGGCAGUUUUGAUUCAAAUUGCUCAUAAAUGGUACCUACGCAGAGGACAAGUACAGAGCCUUGGUUUUCCCCAGUAAAGUAAAUUGGGAUGUAUCCUGGCAUUCUCCGAGAUACGGGGAAAUACCGCAUUAUGUGAACAGGUGUUAAAACUGGGAUUCAUUAUAACGGAAAAC